AUGUAGAAAUGAAGAAGUCUUCCUCGGUCACCCUGUGUAGCUGGCCAUCACCGGCCUUUGGCGGGGAAUGUCUUCGUGCCCUGCGCUUCUUCUCCGCAAACCCCCAAUUGCGAACAUCUUGACCUUAACGUUCUGUCUUGUGCGGCAUCAUCUCAAUUCCAUCUACGAAUGCAACCAUGACUCUCUGGGGUCAAGACACCGUCAAGGAUGUCGCUGAAUCCGUGGGAAUCAUCAACCUCAACAAAGACGUCAAUCAAGCACUCUGUCGCGAUGUGGAAUACCGAAUAUCCCAAGUCCUCCAAGAAGCCCUCAAAUUCAUGAAACACGCUCGAAGAACAAUAUUGUGGUCGCAAGAUAUCUCACAGGCUCUGCGCGUCUUGGACAUUGAACCGCUCUAUGGUUAUGAGACUACACGUCCGUUGAAAUAUGGAGAGGCGUCGCUGGGUCCUGGACAGCCUUUGUUUUAUGUGGAAGAUGAGGAGAUGGAUUUUGAGAAACUCAUCAACGCGCCGCUACCCAAAGUGCCGCGUGAGGUUUCAUUUACUGCACACUGGCUAGCUGUCGAGGGUGUACAACCGUCAAUACCUCAGAAUCCGACAUCGAACGAAGCCAGAAACCUCGAACUCCUCCCCAAAGGACCUGGCGCGAAUCCAGCGCUGGCUGCGAUGGCCGGCGCAGAUAACGUUACCACGAAACCUCAAGUCAAGCAUAUCCUCUCGAAAGAACUACAACUAUACUUCGAAAAGGUGUGCGCAUCGGUGCUGGACGAAACGCAACCUGAAUACCGGACGGCAGGUCUGGCCAGUCUCAAAGAAGAUCCCGGACUACAUCAACUGGUGCCAUACUUUGUACAAUUCGUUGCUGAGAAGGUCACACAUAACUUGAAGGAUUUGUUUGUGCUCACACAAAUGAUGCUGGUAACGGACGCGUUGACGAGGAAUGAGAAGCUCAACAUGACUCCAUACGUGGCUUCGAUGGUCCCGCCGGUGUUGACAUGCUUGAUCGGACGGACACUGGGCAGCGGAAUCGGCACGUUAGAUCACUACGAUCUGCGAGACUUGGCUGCUUCAUUACUCGGACAUCUUUGCAACAAGUACUCAAAGUACUCGCACAACCUCAAACCUCGACUUGCGCGAUCAUGCUUGAAGACCUUCCUUGACCCCAAGAAACCGUUCGGAAGCCACUAUGGUGCUAUACUCGGGCUAAAGGCCAUUGGAGGAGCAGAAGUGGUGCGACAGUUGAUUGUACCGAAUCUAAGGUCAUACGGAGAGUUACUGGAAGACGAUAUCAACUCAGAGCAAAGCAUCAAGAAGGCUGAAGCUGAGAAGGUUGUCAGUGCCAUUCUCAACGCUCUGGGAGCCUUGGUCCAUGAUGAUUUACCCAUGAUGAACGGCCAUUCCGCUGAAUCUGAGAAUGAAAUGCGGACGAAAUUGGUCGACAAGGUUGGAUCGAUCAUUGGAGAACGGAUAGCAGACUCUGGUCAUACGAGGCUGGCUAAAGCGGUUCUCGAUGGCGAUUUGACUGGGCUUUGAAGAUUGGAUCUUGAGUGUUCGAGGUUUGACAUUACAGUAUUGCGAUGGCGUUGGGGUUAUAUGCUUCGGGCAGGCAGACAGGCAAGCAAGCGAUUCCCGGGCAUCAUAUGCUUCAUUGGGCGUUUUGGAUUCAAAAGGGGUAUUGAAAUGGUAAGAUGGCAGACCCUUCUUGCCAUUGUAUAUUGACGGUAAAGGGGAAAAGAAGAAAGGGCGAUCUCAAUACGUUGAGACUAGGGAAGGGAAGGAUCAAUCUUCAAAUUCUUCACCUUGUGUGCAAGCGCGUCAAAGCGAUGCAUCACCAAACCAUGUGUACAACUACAAUGGACCUGAAACAAUCAUGAUGCCACUAUAAGGCGAAGUCUCGAGCUCUUGUGGACGGAAGUCGACCUAUCUCUUUUUCAUUGUUGUCAAUCGUCUCCAUGGUUGUCAACCUUGUUUACUGCUGAGGCAGGCGU